GAUCAUAGUGGCAUAUUUGCUUGAUCAUGGUGGCAUAGAUCAUAGCAUGGAUGAAUUCUGUAUUCACAGGCUCUAAUACCAGGCAUGAAUGAAUGCUGUAUUCAUCCAUGUAAAUAUUUGCUUGAUUUCCCUCAAAACCUCUAAUAUCAGGCAUGGAUGAAUUCUGUAUUCUCAGGCUCGCAGCGGUGUUGAUUUCCCAGAUCCUGAAGGUCCGUGGUGGAGAAGAGAGGAGGAUGAGGAAGAACUGCACCUUCCCCCCUCCUGCGCGCGCGCCCAACUAAAAAACAAGCCAACCGACUUGGAAAUGCUCUUCGCACCGACAGCUGCCCCACCACAAGUCCACAAGCAACCACAAAAGACAGGUGUAGCCUUCCAACUGGCAAGUGAACCUGCAGUUCGCAAAGAAGACAACUCUAGUCAACAAUUACGUGAAAAUGUGAAACCUUCUGCAUUAGAACCUACAUAUAUGGAGGAGUCACAAGCCAAGCGUGAUGACGAUGAGCCAUCAGACAUCACGUAUUCACGUGCUGUAGAUGAGCAAGCAGAUCGUAUGCACAACCUGAAAGUGUCUUUUCCUUUUGCUCUUCACGGGGCAUGUAUAUUGUUGUUUAAUGUAGAGGCUGUUAAAAUAUUUAAAUAAGCUAUUUGCAAAAAAAUAGUGAAGGUAUUUGUAAAAAAAUCGUGGCACUGAAGAGACGUCUCUGGCUCGUAACCCAAGAAACAACAGACGACUCACUUCCC